UGUGGAGUUAUCAUAAUGCGUGGUUUAAUUGUUUUUCUGGCUGCCAGCCUCGUCGCUGUGUCGGGAGUCCCUACGUCUCCACAAAGGAUUGUUGGUGGCUCACUCACGACUGUCGACCAAUACCCUACAAUAGUGUCUCUGCUUUUUUCCUGGGGCUCUUCAUACUCUCAAAACUGUGGCGGCACCAUCCUAACUAAAAGAGCCAUAUUAACGGCUGCGCAUUGUCCAUAUGGUGACACUCCAUCCCGUUGGCGCGUCCGCGCUGGCUCUUCCUAUGCCAACAGCGGUGGUAGUGUGUAUACUCUGAGUUCCAUUGCCAUCCACCCUCAAUACAACAGCCAAACAAUGGAUUCAGACGUCGCCAUCAUGCGUACUAGUUCUCAAAUUACAUUCAGUAAUGUUGUCCAGCCUGCCUCUAUUGCUGGUGCUAAUUACAAUCUUGGCGACAACCAAGUUGUCUGGGCUGCUGGUUGGGGCACCACGUCCUCUGGUGGGCUUGGAUCUGAGCAGCUACGUCACGUCCAGAUUUGGACCGUGAACCAGUCAGUCUGCGCGACUCGUUAUAGCAAUGGCGGCGGCAGCAUCACUCCCAACAUGUUGUGCUCCGGCUGGCUCGACGUCGGCGGUCGCGACCAGUGCCAGGGAGACUCCGGCGGUCCUCUCUACCACAACGGUGUCGUUGUUGGAGAAGCGAGAUACGCGAGCAUUAACACCGGGGUAAUACGGGAGAGCACAUUGUUCACCCCAAGAGCAAACACCAACAACAACACCGUUAUGGUAGAGAGGACCGCCGGAGUCUCCCUGGCACUGGUCGCGACCGCCGACGUCAAGCCAGCCGGAGCACAACAUGUUGGGGGUGAUAAUUUUUCCUUUAGUCUGACGUCCCCAUCCAGUAGCCCAGACGACUUGGUUAUCACCAAGAUUGUAGUUAGGGCCGGCGAUAGAAGCAGCGCGCACGUUGUUGUUGAAGGAGAAUGUGGAAGAAACGCGAAUGAUGGCAACGUCGUUAUCUGUGGUUACAGCAUUGUAGUUGGGAUGGUUGAUUAUGGAUCGGACGGUGUGAACCACACCACCGCUGUUGGCUGGGCAGCAGUAAGGACGGCUCUGUUGUUAAGGAUGGAGCCUCCGCAGGACUGCCUGUGGCCAGAUGAGGUCCUAGAGUGGAGGAGUGAGGCCAUAGAUGGAUACUGGUCAAUAGUGGUGACAGAACCCCCGACGAUUCUCUGGGGAUUCCUGGGAACGGCUGUGAAUGUAGAAGAUAAAUGCGCUGACCCUAACCACAGAUGGCAAGCCCAUGUGGGCUCCACCAAUGCUAACAGAGGUGAAGUGGUUCAGACCAUCCGAUCCAUAAUCAACCAUCCCAACUACAAUGCAGUAACCACAGAUAACGACAUUGCCAUCAUUCGCGUUUCCUCUCAAUUCUCCUUCAACAACAACGUCGCGCUACUUCUAUCGCCGAGUCCAACUACAAUAUUGAUGACAACCGGAUUGUCUGGGCUACUGGAUGGGAAAGACUUUAUUUUAAUUGACCAGCGUCUGUGCAACUUCGUCUCGUUCGGUUCAGUGUCUCACAGGACACUUAACCAGAACACUUCUAACCAGCACUACCAGACUGUUGGCAGAUUCAUCACUGCUUACAUGUCCGGAGCACGACAUGUAAGCAGUGGCAGCGGGCUUGACAUCGGCGCGAAUUAUAAUGUAAGAACUACACUAUUGUCAGUGAUUAGUAAAAUGCGUGUUAUUGCUCUGUUGGCUCUCUGCUUAGCGGCUGUGGCAGCCGUCCCCAAAAAUCCCCAGAGGAUUGUGGGGGGCUCUGUCACCACUAUCGGCCAGUACCCAUCUAUGGCUUCCCUCCUCUUCUCUUGGGGUACAACUGGCCACAGGCAGUCCUGCGGAGGCACCAUCCUUAACAACCGAAGCAUCCUUACUGCUGCCCACUGCACCGUCGGUGACGCUCCUGCCAGGUGGCAAGUUCGUGUAGGUUCCACCAACGCCAACAGCGGUGGUUCAGUUCACGCCACUCAGCAGAUCAUCAACCACCCCAACUACAGCGGAUGGACACUCGACAAUGACGUUGCCAUCAUUCGCGUUUCUUCCACAUUCUCCUUCAACAACAACGUCGCUUCUGCUUCCAUCGCCGGCUCCAACUACAACCUUGGUGACAACCAGGUCGUCUGGGCUACUGGAUGGGGAACCACUUCUCCUGGUGGAUCUCUCUCUGAACAGCUCCGUCACGUGCAAAUCUGGACCGUUAACCAAGCUACUUGCAGAACUCGCUACCAAACUCUUGGCAGGACCGUCACUGACAACAUGUUGUGCUCCGGCUGGCUCGACCAAGGCGGUCGCGACCAGUGCCAGGGAGACUCCGGCGGUCCUCUCUACCACAACGGUGUCGUUGUUGGUGUCUGCUCAUGGGGUCAAUCAUGCGCUCUUGCUUUCUACCCAGGUGUUAACGCUCGCGUUUCUAGAUACGCAUCUUGGAUUCAGAGCAAUGCUUAAGUGUUUUAAGAAACUGUUAUUUAAAACAACCAAUAAAAAUAUGAUUUAAGAUGAAA